AUGAGUUCAGUGAUUGGGAACUGGAAGCACACUGUUCUCUACUUAACCUUGAUUCUAUCUCUCGUCUACUUCAUCGAAACCCUAAUCUCACACAAAUUACACAUCGACCAUACCAGAGUCCGCCUCAAAAGGUCACCGGAUCUUCCUCUACGGUUCCGCGACGAUGGCACAUUCAAGAUCCUUCAGGUCGCGGAUAUGCAUUACGGAAUGGGGAGUAUUACUCGAUGCAGAGAUGUGUUGGAUUCUGAAUUCGAAUACUGUUCUGAUCUCAAUACCACUCGGUUUCUUCGUAGGAUGAUUGAAUCUGAGAAACCCGAUUUGAUCGCUUUUACUGGGGAUAAUAUAUUUGGAGCAAGCACUACUGAUGCAGCUGAAUCUCUUCUUCAAGCUAUUGGUCCAGCUAUUGAAUAUGGAAUCCCAUGGGCUGCUAUUUUAGGAAACCAUGACCAUGAAUCCGCUUUGAACCGUGAAGAGUUGAUGAUUUUCCUUUCGCUUAUGGAUUUUUCCGUCUCUCAAAUCAAUCCACCAUUCAGUUUCGAUCGAGCCGAAAUCGGCGCAAUGAGAUCGAUUGAUGGCUUUGGGAACUACCGCCUCAGAGUAUAUGGUGCACCUGGUUCUGUGCUGUCAAAUAGCACUGUGUUUGACCUCUUCUUUCUUGACAGUGGAGAUAGAGAAACAGUCCAAGGUAGACGAACAUAUGGAUGGAUCAAAGAAUCCCAACUAAGUUGGCUUCAAGAUGCAUCACAGCAGGGUCAUAACCAGAAUGUAGGAAACUUUCCCGGUAUACCUCCAGCGCUAGCCUUCUUCCACAUCCCAAUCCUGGAAGUCCGUGAUCUGUGGUACACACCCUUUAUCGGCCAGUUUCAGGAAGGCGUGGCGUGCUCCAUUGUUCAGUCAGGAGUCUUAAAGACCUUUGUGUCAAUGGGAAAUGUAAAAGCCGCGUUCAUUGGACACGACCAUAUCAAUGAUUUCUGUGGAAAUCUAAAAGGGGUAUGGUUUUGUUAUGGCGGAGGGUUUGGAUACCACGCUUACGGUAGACCAAAUUGGCACAGAAGAGCAAGAGUGAUCGAGGCUAAGCUCGGAAAAGGACAAAACACAUGGACAGGAGUUGAACUUAUCAAGACGUGGAAACGUCUCGACGAUGAAGGCUUGAGCAAGAUAGAUGAACAAGUCUUAUGGGAAGCUUCCUAG